UUUACUUUUUUCCCAGAGGAACUUAUUCAGAGAUUUGCCUUAUUCAAGCGAAACUGCUUUGCUUCUGUGUUUGAGAAGUACUUUGACUAUCAACAAGCAGGAUCUGGUGGGGAAACUCAUGCAGUUAUAAACUAUAGGGAUGAUGAGUCUAUGUAAGUAAUAUCUUUCAUCAAGAAAUUAAAAUCUAAAAAAACUUUACAGAACAUGUAUCAGAUGGUAACAGAACUAUAGAUUUUUGUAUCAGCUUUGGCUUUGGAGAAUGUUGGCUCAAAUACUGAGUCAAAAUCCGCCAUUUUUUUUUUAAGACUUAAAAACUUUCAAAGCAUGAUUGAAAAAAAAGAACACUUUUCUAGCUCCUUUUUGGCUUAAAAAUUUAAUGUUGUGACAGAAAUUGUCAGUUUUUAUUUUCCUUCGGCACCCAAGAUAUCCCUAGGUGUGAUAUUUAAUUAUUUGUUUACACUUUAUUGUGAAGAUCUUACUUUUGUUUCAAAUUUAAGUGAUACUAAGUCACAGUGCACAAUGUACAUUGAACAUGUGAAAAUAUUCUGUCCCUCUCAAAAAUUCCUCUCACAUGUAAAUUGCUUAGUGUUCUAAGAGUUUUCAGAGAAUAUCAGAGUUUAAGAAUUAAGAGGAAAGAGGGGUUGUAACUAGAAAAAGGUUUUAAUCUAUGAGCUGCUAAGACUUGUUUCAUCCUGCAUGACACUCAGUAUGACACAAGUUUAAUAAAUUAUUGCAGGUAUGUACAAGCAAAGGAUGACCGUGUUACAGUUAUUUUUAGCACUGUAUUUAAAGAUGAUGAUGAUGUGAUUAUUGGCAAAGUCUUCAUGCAGGUAAGCCUACAGCUGCAUACCUUUGAAACUCCAGAUGACCAUUGA